ACCAACAGGGAAAUUUCAUUACAGGUCCUAUUAUGAAUGCGUCUCUAUAAGAGCUGCUCCAAAUGGAUGAUACAAAGAUUAUAUACCACAUAGAUGACGAAGAGACCCCCUAUUUAGUUAAAAUUGCUGUAUGUCCGAGCGCUGUUACCUUAGGGGACUUUAAAAAUGCUCUAAACCGACCAAAUUACAAGUUUUUCUUCAAAUCAGUUGAUGCUGAUUUCGGAGUCGUGAAAGAAGAAAUAGCGGAUGAUGAUGCAAGACUACCAUGUUUCAACGGAAAAGUUAUUUCAUGGCUUGUUUCUGCAGAUAGUAGUACAAAAUCAGAUAACCAUUCAAACGGCGCAGGUGAAAACCACCUUUCCAGUCAAAAUAAAAAUUCUACAAACUUCAACAAAACUCCCGACAAUAUACACAGUGCCUCGAAAAAUGAAAUCCCCAGUGAACAAGAACAUGCCAUUGGGACAACAGGGCAUGGUCUUGAGGAAUGUGAUACUUGUGUCGAGACAGACUCAGUGUAUAGCGGUGAUCGGGUUCCUCCUCUGAAAAAUUUUCAUAAUUACAAGCAUGGUUCGCGCUUGGCUAAACUUGGUCAAAGAAUCCAAAACUAUGAAACAUCUUCAUCCAUGAUGAGUUCAGAUCUGGAAUCCACAAGCUUUUUCGAUUCAGAAGACGAAUCAAGCAGAUUUUCAACAGCAACAGGUACAACUAUGUCUUCGGCUAAAUAUCCAAGACAUAGAAGACAACGAAGACACAGACGAAUUCUUCCAAUAAGACGUACCAGUGAAGAUGCUACUUCUUUUAGCAGUGUAACCGAUUCCACAAUGUCUCUCAAUAUAAUUACCGUCACUUUGAAUAUGGAUUCAGUGAAUUUUCUUGGAAUCAGUAUUGUUGGUCAAUCCAACAAAGCAGGAGAUGGUGGUAUCUACGUAGGAUCUAUUAUGCGUGGUGGAGCUGUUGCACAAGAUGGUCGAAUAGAACCUGGAGAUAUGAUACUAGAAGUAAAUAGAAUCAGCUUCGAAGAUAUGAGUAAUGAUGAGGCCGUAAGAGUUUUACGUGAGGAAGUUCAAAAGCCUGGGUAAUUCACGGCAUAUUUACUAUUUUUCCAUUUAUCUAUUAUUUAUACUUAUUUUCUCACCAAACGUUUAAAAGUAAACUUCAAGAGAAUCAUAAUAAGGCAAAUGCCACAACAAUGAAUGACCAGCAUAGUUUUCUUGUAGGAGUUAAAUUUUUUGGCAUCAUAAACUGAUAUUUGGUGAUUAACCACUUGCUAAGAAAAUCAUAGGUUAUCCAUUUUGUCAGUGCAUGAAAAUUUCUUUGUGAUAACGAUAACUACGAGUACAAUUUUUCUAAAACAUACUUUCGUUUUUUUCUGAUUGGUUGUUACUACUUUUAGUAUGCUCUAGGGUCAUGCUUUUGUUACCCUAUAUAUGCGGAAUUUUGUUAUUUUGUUCGCUUAACCAUCACGUUUUCCGGUACUCUCACCUUCCUAUGUUCCUUCGUAAUCGUGGAUUAUUGUUGAAGUAUGGUGUAUCAGCUGUCAUUCUAUGGAGUCCGCCAUAGAAUCUAUUCGUAGUAGAAUAAACUCGAUUUUAACGAUCACCAUUGGACCAUAUCAAACUUCAAUCUCAAGAUAUAACACCACAAAAAGCCAAGUAGCAUUUUAUGUCAAUGUUCAGGAAAUUGGUAAUAUAGCGUAAUCGUUUUUUCUGUCAUUAGUACCACGCGGAAUAUAGUGAAUUAGCUCUAAACCUGUCAGUCAAGUUAAAUUUCAUCUUGACCAAGUGGUAUCGGCGUUUUGCAUUCAUAGAAGGAAACUUCAACUGAUCGAUCAAAGUUUACUUUAUAUAAGUGAUUCAUAUAAUUUACGUUUUACGUCUUUUUUGUCCUGUGUAGCAGUCCAGUUGUUGUGUUAGCUUUAACUAACCGCUCAUACACAAAUAAUGGUGAUCAGUUUACGUUUGCAUACAAGGUUUUCUUCUAUUCCUUCAGACACUGUAUUUAUUCUGUACCUACUGUGUAAUUUACUUCGACUAUAUAUAUAUCUUUUUCAAACACGAUACUGUUAAUACUAUUGAAUCGUAGUUUGAGCGUAACUAGUUAGGACACGUAAAAUGUUCUCCUUAAUACAUUGGAUUUUUCUAAAAUUUAACUUUAAUUACUAUAAAAAUGUGAAAUAUAGUUUCAUCAAAAAGAGACAAUAAUCUAAAUCAAUGAACAAUAAGGGCAUACUGAUGAGUGAUUAUGAGUAACAGUCAUAUUUAGAAGAAGAGUACAGUUUCCAUUGAUUAAUAGUUAAAUCAGGAUAGGCCACAAGAAUGGUGGGCGUUCAAACCAAUAUAUGAUUUGCCAGUUUAAUUAUAAACAAUAAUAAAUCUUAAAUCCUCGACGUUUUAUGAUCGCAAAAACAACUCUAAUGAAAUUCUUUCUUGUAAUUCAAUAAUCAAGGAUCAUAUAUUUGCCUUUGUGCGAUAUCUAGUAAUAUUGUGGUGAAGGAGAACACAAACGAGGACAACCGUCUAUAUUUAGCACAAAAUUACAGAGCAACUUGAUAAAAUAGAAAAACCAAACUCCAAUAAUUUAUUUGUAGAAUGUUCAUUAAUUGUCUCACACUUCAUUGUCCCUGCAUUUCCGUACCAAUUGCUUUCUGUUCCCGUUCUUCCCUCCUCGAUAUUCUCAACCCUCUGCUGCCAAACAUUCUAUUUCUGACUAGCGUUAUAUACUACUUAUGUAGACAUAAGUAGCACACACCACACUAUUACUCAGUUGAUCAAAUGGGAAUAUGUAGGGGGGACUCGAAGCUGCAACUCAGCGGUUGAAUUCCAAAUAAUUCAUAAAUCACCAAGCCGCCGAAUUCAAUGGUUAAUUAUGGAUUAAAUUAGCACAUAACAGGGACACUUACCAACCAUGGUCUUGGUGUGUCUUCCGGUAUGACAAAGUAUAAAAUUAUACCAUUAUCCCAGUACUAUUGUGUUUUUAUUUGUCAAGUGCUUGAGGAAUCAAGCUGUUGAAAAAAAUCCAGUUUGUUACAGUAAAACAUAGACGAAUUUAUUCUAUACAUUUUUUCCAUAUAUAUUCAUCUCAAGUUAUGUAUAACAUAAAAAAUUAGAAACAUUUUUUAAGUCGAUACUUUUUAUGUUCAGACCUUUAAUUUUAUUAAUGACAGUUGAAUAAUUGAGUAGUUAAGUUACUGAUAUUAAGAUAAACAAACUAUUAAUCUUAACAAUCAAAUAUAUUUGAUAAUGUUACUGGUUUCGAAAUGAUUGUCCGAUUAAAAUCAGUUCAUAAUGUUGUGAACUAUGAAAAUUUUAAUAUUUUCACAAAACCUGUAUAUUAAUAGUUACUGUAGCUCAAACAAAAGUCCCUUUUAACAACAAGGUUUAGUCAGCCAGUCAGCUACAAAGUAGGACCAGACAUAUGCAUCGGUCCAAGUUGCCACACCUCAGCACAAAAAGAUGAACACCAAAUUCACAGUAGUUACUUCAAUAGUAGUGAUAUAUAAAACAACGAAUGCAUAUAAGAAUAUAAUACAAGAAAUAAUUAGUUUGGAGAAAGAAAGGUAUGUAGUAAUUUUAAUCUCACAGUGUAAGGGAAUACAAAGAGUGUAUACACCUACGCCAUUGUGAUCGGUUAUGAGCCAUGUCACCAAGAGUCUCCAACCAUUAGAUACGAUAGUCAUGCGGAACACAACCAAGUAGUUUGUAUGUACCAACAUGGCUCAGACCAGAAGUUAGUGACUUCAAGCACUGAUUACACGUUUUGGUUUGGCCACCCCUAACUUUCUUCCUAAACCCCCCAACACUAGUCAGAAUUGCGCGUCGUGGUAAUGAGUCUUGAAGCAUACAACACGAUUACGUAAAUAUUAAUUUCUUCCCUUCAGAUAACAAUGAUAACUUUACUUUUUUGUUUGUUGUUAUUAUUAAUUACUACGUAAUAAAAUCAGUCGUAAGAUUAAUUCUUAUUUAGGUUUUAACCGUUUGCACGAAACUGUGAACUUAUAGUUUGCACCAAAUGUAUAUACUUCACAGGUACAAUAGUUUGGUCAAUUUACUUUUAUUCUAUAGGUUACGGAUCCUAAUCUUCACUUUUGUUUUAUUUUAGGUAGCGUGGUAAGUUAUAAGGAAGCCUCCCAAUACGUUAAGGCUAAAUACAUAAGUAUUUACUCUAUAUCAGAAUUGCGUUGAGACUGAUAAAUUCAUGGAUGAAAGUGGAAAUAUUCAGUGUUUAAUAAAAGAAAUAUGAUGUUAUAUAUAGUCUUAAAGCUAAUUAAAAAAGACAGAGCUUAAUCAUCUUUAGAUUUUAUGAAUAUACUGUUUAUUUAUAUGUAUUCCAAUUCUUUUUUUUUCUAUAUCGGGGUCAUCCUUCCAUUAAGAAUUGUAUUUACUUGUAAAAUUUAUCCAAAAUGACAAGUUAGUUGGUAAGGUUGUAAGCAUGUACCGACUGGUUUGUUUACAAGGUGUUGUAGAUAUUCGUAGCUUGGAAGAAAGAAAGUAGUCAUUAGGUCUGCGACCAUCGAUCCAGGCUAUGUGGGAGAGGGAGACAAAAUAUAUGCUUGUAAUUCACAGAAUUGUCGUAACCUGUGGUUGGGAACCUUAGGUCAUACACCCCAAAACCGGUUACGGUCCGCCAUUUUCAGUCAUGUUUUAUCUUCAAAAUAUUAAGCUUAGAGUCAUUUCACACUGGUAUUUAUUUUUAAAUCUCACUUGUUGAUUCCAAACUUGAUUUAUUAUGGUCAGGUUUCCAUUAUGUUUCUUGGAUGUUAUUGUUUCAAACCUGUUGAAUACCUGCUACGCUACGUAAAACUAGUGAACAAAAUUACUCGUUAUUUCGAAUAUAGAAGAACUACUUAAUCUCAGGGUAUUCAUUUACUAUAAUAAUGUUAAACGAAUCUUAAAAUAUUAAACAUCUUUUCUUUAAAUUUUUAUAUGUAAACGCAUCUACAGAAUACAGAAUGUUUCCUCUUUUAAAGCUUUGAAAAUUCUCCUACCUGCAUUUCACCAUAGUAAAUAUUUAUAAGCUUUCCUUGAGCAACGUUUUUCGUACCUAAGUAAGAAAUGAAUAAACAAGGAUCAUAUAUUUUACUGAAGAAUCUAGCACUCUUAAAUUUCUCUUCUAAGUGUUACACAAUAAACUUUAGAAACUGAUUAUGAGCUAUUGAAGUGUGUUGAAUUCUUUUGUUUUUAGUAGUUUUGAGUUCUCUGAUCGGUUGAUAGGCUGUCUAGAACAACACUGAAAGCUCUACAAUUAAAAAGGUUUGCUCGGAGAGCUUAACUACCCAAAGCAAUCACCUGAAGUACACAGUCUCCCCAUGUAUCCAUAUGUUUCUACACUUUGUCAAACAAUUUUAAGCUAUUUUCAUACACAUAACUUUAGUAUUCUUUUUUAGCUACCUUCUGGCGGUGUUUUCAGAAAUCUGAUCUAUUUAUGUGAAUAAAAUUCCUAAGUACUUCCUGUUUACAACUAAACAAAUUAAAAUAUAUUACUUUAAUUUUUACUUCACAGUCCUAUCACUUUAGUGGUGGCAAAAUGUUGGGAUCCCAGUCCAAAGAACUACUUCACAAUUCCUCGUCAAGAACCAGUUCGCCCAAUUGAUCCUCGGGCUUGGGUCUUACAUACAAAUGCGAUGACUGGAGCACUUGGAACACCCGGAUUUGAUGGAAAUACACCUUUUUUUGGUUCAGGAUCACCUGCUGCUGGAAUGGCAAUGAUUCCUGGCCAUUUUAUGGGUAUGACUCCAUCCUCUGGAUUGUCCGUACCAUCUAUGCCUCCUGGUAUGCCUCCUUUAAUUUUACCACCUUCAAUGGCUGGAAUCAAUGCAAUACCUUCAUCUAAUAUGACUACUAAAUCAUUACCAGAAGUUGCUGAUGGUGAUGGUUUAACUGGCGGGUAUCAUCGCAGUAGAGGUCCUGCAAGUAGUGGAGUUGUUGGUGGGCCAGGAAGUACGAAAACUAACGGUUCCCGAUCAGGAGGUGAGACAACUGUCGAUGCUAAAGGUACUCAGUCACUUCUGUCUGGUGCGAAUGGCAAAUCAUCCACAUCAUUAACUGUAGCUUCUGAUAUGGCUUCUGUAGUUCAUGAUAUGUUGAUGUCUGAUUCUGGUCUAGAAAUACGUGAUCGAACGUGGCUGAAAAUAACCAUCCCAAAUGCUUUUAUUGGCUCUGAAUUAGUUGAUUGGUUAUUCACACAUGUAGACGGUUUCGCAGAUCGGCGAGAUGCUCGGAGGUAUGCAUCUAACCUACUGCAUUAUGGUUAUAUUUGUCAUACCGUUAAUAAGAGUACAUUUUCCGAACAAUGUUACUAUACUUUUGGAGAUAUAGCCACGACGUUGUCUCAUCUUAAUUUAGACGAAGUAGAUUCAGUUUCUGAAAUCGGUGCUAAUUCUUCAUCUCAUACUGGUACUCAUCCUAUGAUGCCUCAAAUGUAUCCUCACGUCCACCAUGUGCUUCCUGAUGCUCCUGGUGGUGGUUCAGCUACAGGUCUAUCAUCAGUACAAAAUCAAAAUGCUCCAUCUAAUCCUAAUCUAGGUUUAAUGUCAUCUCCUAUACCUGGUGAAGGGAAUUCACUUGCUCAAACCAACUCUCAUUAUCCUUACCCACCUGUACUUUAUCCUAUCCCAUCAACAGCUCCUGUGUCUUCAUCUGGUCCUUGUAAUGUUGAUGCGAAUGGAAAUGACUGUAGUUUUGUUAACCCAAACUCAUCUGCUCUUUCUGGUCUUAGAAAUAGAAUGUCAAAUAACGGUCAAAUGGGUGUGGAUUCUGCCAUGUAUCCGGUAAAUACCACUACCAUUGCUCCUCAUACACGUUCUGUUAUUCCUAAUCAGACACAUGUUACUACUAUGAAUGCUACAUCAAAUCAAAAGAUACAACAGCAGAAAGUAAACAACUCUUCCUCGUCUAGUUCAUCUCGUUCUUCUGCAUCUUCAACAUCUUCCUCUUCUACCGGUUAUUCUGGUAACAGACGUCCAGCUGGUCUAUCGGCUAAUACUACUACUCAAACACUUAACACCAAUGUUCCUCAAAGUAUGAUCACACCACUAGAUACCUCAGCUUCUAAAGGCCUUCCUUCCUUAAAUAAGGGUAUUCAACGACGCACUGAUCCAUCAAGUGUACAAAGUCUUUCCGUCUCAUCUCAUCCAUGUUUUUGUAUGCCAUUCAUCCGAAAAACUCUUAAUUCAUCAUCGCAUGCUAAUAAUAAUAAUAUUAAUAAUGCAUGUAAAAAAUUAGAUACACAACAGAAGCAACAACAAGAAGAACAACAACCAUGUCAAACUAAAAAUGUUGUGCAUGAUCGCCAUUCUGAUCUGCAUGAACUAGAUUCCGCAAAAAACUCAUUAAUAUUGUUAUCCGAUGAGAAUGUCAAUAAUAAUAAUUAUAAGAUAGUUGAUAAUCUAUCAUCAGUUGCCAUUACUAAUUCUACCAUAUCUACUACUCCUACAAAUGAUAAUCGACGUAAUUCAUACUCAGUGAAAUCAUUAAACCAACAAAUAACGAAUAAUGUUAUUGAUAAUGACCGAACAACAACAAUAACCACUACUAGUGAAUGUUACAGUAAUAAUAAAGAAAUAGAUCAUAAUGACAGUGAUAAUAAUAAUCAAUUAUUUUUGUUGGCAAAACAUGACAGUAUCAUUAAUAAUGAUUUCAGUACUGAACAUUUAUCAUUCAUGGAAGAUAAAAUACAUGAAUCAGGCACAAGCAGUACUAGUUCUGCAAGUCGCCAAAAUGGAACUGGGGCAAGUGCUGCUGGGAGUGGUAGCGGCAGUGCCGUAACUACACAUGUACUCAAAAAAUUUAACACGAAUAAUAAUGGUAAUAAUAAUAACAGUAUAUCUAAUAAAUCCGAAUUUCUUGACAAUGUUCAACGUACACAGCAUGGUAUGGAUUUUAACAAUGCAUUUCGUCAAACUAAUUGCAAUUUAGUCAAAGAUUCAAACAAUAAACCAGAACUCAAUCAAUCAUUUAAUCAUACAAUGACAACUGGUGGAAGUAACGUUAGCACUGGUGGAAUUCACAAUAAUCAGAGAUGAAGUAGUCUAUGCGUUCAUUCAUUCGUAUACAUAAACUGACAGAUUACUCUUUCUAUAAAUUGGUAAUUAUUUUAUUUUAUUUACUUAUUACAUAAUACUUAUUUAUGAUGUUUAUUAAUGCACCACCUAGAAUACAUUAACUUCAUGUGGAUUUCAAAUGAUAUUAUUUGUGUUAAUUAAACAUUUAUGUGUAUAAAAUUUCCUGGAAGUUUAUCAUCCCUAAAUUAACUGGACAAUCACUAGUAUUCUGUUGAAAGUAGACAAUAAGAUAUGAAUUAACACAGUCCAUUGAUUUGUUUAUGUUCAGAAUUUGGUUUUAAAAAAUAUUGGAAGUGAUUGGAGAUCCUGUUUUGACGUUCGUAUUGAAGAUUCUCAUUUUGACAUUGGCUGACAGCUAUUUCGAGUAGCAGAUGUUCUUCAACUGUAGGAAUGCUAUCCUCGCUUUUCCAAUCAUCGCCUUUACGUCUGCAUCAGCUCCUUGUUUAUCAAUAAUGCUUCUCAGAUACUUGAAAGUUUCCUUUAGUUGCAGGGCUUCUGCAUCAAAUGUGAUUGGGUUGGUGUUCUGCGUUUUGUAUUUGAGGAUCAUGAUUUUUGCUUUAUGUAUGUUGAUGCCUAUUGAUUCAGAGGCUUCUGCUACACUGGCUGUCCUGACCGGUAUUCGUUGAUGUGUAUGGGAUAGAAUGGUCAGUUCAUCUAUCAAGUCCAAAUGGUCUAGUUGCAUUCAACCUGUCCAUUUUAUUCCGUUCUUCCCGUCAGAUGUGGAGGUUUUCAUAAUCCAGUGUACCACCAAAAAAAAAGAAAAAGGGUGAAAGUAAGCAGCUUUGUCUGACUCCGGUUCUUACUUGGAAUGCAUCUGUCUGCUGUCCUCCAUGCACGACGUUGCUGUGUGAUCCGUCGUAUGAAUUCUGGAUGAUGGUGAUUUUCUCAGGUACGGCAUAAGGUGGAUGAAGUUUCCAUAAUGUUCUCCCACCCACACUGUCAAAUGCUUUCUGAUAGUCAAAUAAGUUGAUGUAUAGUGACGAGUUCCAUUCAAUUGAUUGUUCAACGAUGAUCCGUAAUGUGGCGAUCUGGACCGUGCAUGACCAGUCAUUACAGAAUCCAGUCUGUUGAUCUCGAAGUUGGGCAUCUACUAAAUCCUUUAUCCGGUUCAGCAACAUUGUUGAAGACCUUCCCUGAUACUUACAGUAGUGUGAUGCCUGUGUAAUUUUCACUCUUGUUCAUUUUUCCUGUCUUUGGAAUCUUGAUGAGAUAUUCUGCUUUUCAGCCUUUCGACACUUAUUCUUCCUCCGAAAUCUUUUUGAGUAGAACGUGAAGCAUGUUUGCAAACGACUAUAUGUCUGACUUUAAUGCUUCGGCUGUUAUGUUGUCAGGUAUUUCGAUAGAGAUCCAUUCCUUAUGGCGAUGACUCUUGACGCCCAGAACUCCUUGCCACGUUGAAGUUAAUGCUUCUUUGAUCCCUUUUCAAUUGUUCUCCUUAGUGUUCCCCUCACCUUUGAGUAAUUCUUGUAAGCCUUGGAACCUGUUGUUGAGAGUUAUCUUGAAUUGGUUGAGUUAAUCAGUAAUCGAAGGAAGGUUGUAUUGAACAUUUGUAAUCCUGUUUCCCCAGUUGUCCAGUGCUUCUUUAGCUUCAGUUUCACCUCGGCAACCAGCAGGUAGUGAUCUGAAGUUAUGUCAGCUCCUCUCCUCGUUCUCACAUCCUCCAUUGACCUUGUGGAUUUUUUACUGAUGCAAAUAUGAUCUAUCUAGUUCCCAAUGUAGUGGUCCGGUGAGACCCAUAUAACUGUGUAUGCUUUUGUCUACGAAAAUUGUGACACCUGUAACCAAUUCGUUGAAUGCACAUAGAUUUGCAAGUCUCUUGCCACUCUCGUUCCUUUCUCUCAGUCAGUUAAUGUCGUCCCAUGAUAUCUUCAUAACCGCUGUUGUCCAUUCCGAAUUUGGUGUUUAGAUCUCUCAUCAGAGUGGUUAGGUCCUUUUUUGGGCACUUCGCUAUGAUCGAUUGCAGCCUAUGGUAGAACUAAUCUUUACUGUCGUCGUUGCUAUCAUUGGUGGGUGCAUAACACUGGAUAACAUUCAUUGUAAUUCCCUCCUUCUUUGUUCUGAAUGAUCCUUUGAUUAUUCUGGAUCCGUGAGAUUCCCAUCCUACAACUGCAUUUCGUGCUUGUUUGAACAGCAUCAGAGCAAUUGCCUGGGUGUGUGGAGCAUUUUCCUCUUCGUGACCGGAAUAGAGCGGCAUCUCUCCCGUACCUAACCUUUGAUGUCCAGUUUGAGUCCAAUGGGUUUCACAAAUUCCGAGUACUGCCAAUUUGUAUCUCCUUAUUUUCGUAGGUAUUUGACUGGUAUUGCCGGUCUCCUACAUGUUGUGGAUGUUCCAUGUAACUAUAAAAAUUACUGCUCUGGUUGUUAGAAGGGGCAUCGACCUCGUGACUUCCGAAGAAUCUUGGCUUUCAUCUUGAGGCGUCAUAAUUCUUCCUUCAUCUCCGUGAACAGGGUUUAAAUGGUUUGAAUUGUAUAUUCUGGUUAAUGUUUUUUACCAAGAUUGUUUUCUACGGAUGGGGUUGCCGACCUCAUGCCCAACCCUCCUCCUUUGUGUGGGCUUGAGACCGGUAGUAACUCUAUAAGUGCUACAGACGGAGUUAGAACUUAAAUUGAAGUACCUUAAAUCACUGAUUUGAUAUGUCCCAAUAGUUAUGGUUAGUUAUUAAUAUUAUUUAGGCUCCCUUUUGAAUGGUUUACUAUUAUCGUCUUUUGAUGGAAAAGUACUUUUAAGAAAUUUAUUUAUUUAUUUUACAUUUACGUAUCUAUGUAGAUUAUGACAUUCAACAUGUGUUUGAUAUCGCAAUUACAGUGUAAAGCAUUUAUUAUAGUACAAUAUACAACUUCUUUAUUUUGGUUUAUUCUUUUUUGCAGAUAUAGUAUUACAUUAAUUUGCUAUGUAAGAUUUCAGACUAGUUAAUCUUAUGACUCUUUAGUUUUUCAUCAAAAGGUUUUUUUACUUAAAUUCCAAAUGAUAAGAAAAAUUUGUAAAUCCACGGUAAAUAUGUAAUUUUUUACCACAAAAUGAAUUCGUUUAGUGAUUACUGGGUGUUGAUGAUCAAAUAAUAAAGCUCAAAUGGCCGCAAACUGUUACUCAGUUCAGAUAUAAGGAAAAAAUCAUUAGAUAUGCCGUACUCUCAUACUCGUAAUCUCUUUGCUCACGUUCAUCACAUUAAUUCAAUAGGACUCUGAUCUACUAUUGAUCGAUCACUUAGUGGUGUUUAAUUUCAUGUUCGUCUAAAGAGGUCGUUACACAGUAAUCAAUUGAUUGCAAAUAUCUCGGUUCUACAGUAGGCAAGUCGUCGCUCAACUAGCUCAGUGAGAACACUUCAGACUGAAGCGGGGUUAAAUAUGGAAUAUGAAUCCGCAGGAAGCACCAGUUCGCUAAAGAUUACAGGUACACCAAAUAACACGAAACCUUGAUUUAGGGUUUCAUAUCGACUACUUUCAACCACCCAACCUAUUAUAUACAAACUUCUACUAUUACUAUCAUUACUACUACUACUUAUUAUUGUCAUUAUUAUUAAGAUUAUAAAAUCCAACUUUAUUAUGAAAACUUUAGACAUUUAUCAUUCAGAGUAGUUUUCUUUGUUGUUUUUUUCUUAUUUCUUGUAGCAAAUUAAAGACCUUCAGUUUGCCGAUUAAUGGCAUAAUCAUUUGUGGAUCUGUUUAAUUUUCUUCUAUCUGAAAAUCCGACAAAGAAUAAAAUGUUACAGUGGAAAAGACAUUCAUCUUGUUAUUUUCAAACGAUUUGCUUUAUAUAUAUAUAUAUAUAUAUAUAUAUAUAUAUAUAUAUAUAUAUAUAUAUGAAUUACAUAACAAGAUGACAAUACAUAUGUAUAUAAAUAUGCAUAUGUCCGUAUGUAUUAUUCUUCACACUUUCACCCGGUCUUUCUUUAUAUAAUAUUGUUUUGAGUUGUUUUUGUUUAGUAUGCGAUAUUUUUUUUCUCUCACGUUCACUUAUUUAUCUGUUUCACUUCUUUAGUAACUUUUCUCAUGUCACAAAUGUAAACUUUAUUUAUUCAUUGUGUGUACACUGACCUAUUCAGCGUAUACGGAGAGUUGUCUUUGCUCUGUCGUUGAUAUGAAUAUUGUUUUUAAUAGAACUUGUAUACGUUAUGAGAAAUCCAUUCACAGUUCCUACUUUCAAACGAUUUAUUUGCUUUACUAUAUUGUCCCUCUUCAAUCGUUUCUCUAGGUUACACCUUGUUAUAUCAAUCUUAACUACAUAUGGAAAGCGUGUGAUGGAUGGAUUGGAGUCUAUCUUAUUUUAAUUUUCUUUGUUAUCCGAAAAUUAGAGGAAACUCACCGUAUUCAGAUAUUUUUAGUCCUAUAUUGCUUUUUGUUUUUUCUCUGUGGAGAUAUUCGUGGUUGCUAUGACUUGUUAAAUCUAAUGACUAAUCUUUGUUUUGAAGAUAAACAGUUACAUAGCAAACUCAUUAUAUGUUCAUCGUAAAAUGGCAUUUUCUUCCUCUUUAAUCGCUGACAUAUGAACAUAAAAGACAAUUUACUAUGAUAUAAAUCUAUUCGUCUUUUUACCUGAUGUGUGAUAUAAACAUUUGUUUCAUUUCUUAAAGCGCCCCAUCCUCGUUCAUGUAAUCAUGUAUUUUUAUUCUGUCCCCUUUCUUAUCUUUCUCCCCACCCAUAAAUAAUCUAUUCAUCGUUUUUGAUUUCACUCUCCCUAUUUUUUCCUGUAUUUGAAUCUCUAACUUGAGAAAAUAUUGAUUCUAUGCAUAGAGUGUAUUUCGCUAUUGUAAUUUUCAAUCGAAUCUUCCUUUUUUUCAUUCAAUCAGUGCUGGAAAUGCUUCCAUUUAAUUCUUUUUUGUUUUCUCUUUUUGUUUUAUGAUUUAUUCUUUUUUUUAUUGUGAACUUAUCUAUCUGAGUUUUCUCAAAUAGAUAUUUUGCUCUGAACUAUUAUGCAUACAUGCAUAUGAUUAAGUAGUUUAAUUCAUCAUAUUUAGUUCUUUCUCAUUUUGUUUUUCAAUCCAUCUUUUAUUAGAAAUAUAUUCAAAACGUUAAGAUAUUUGUUGUUUUGUCUUUAUCUACUCACAUUUUUGUUUUUGUUUUCACAAAAUAGUUGUCAAUCUAGGGAAUACUCUCUCUUUUCCUCAACUCCAAAAAUAUAUAUUUCUAUGAAAAAAAAGACAACUUGAAAUAAAUAACCGAGAAUGUCUUUUUUUCUAUUAUUAUCGUAGAAAUUAUCAUCGGUAUUGUUGUUGUUGUUAUUAUUAUCAUUGUGGUAAUGAUUAAUUAUACUUGUAUACUUGAGAUCAGUUGGAAGAGUCUAAAGUUAUAAGAUUCGUUUCACUUUCAUUUGUACCGCUACUCUCCGUUUUGCUGAAGCGAUCGCGAUAAAAAAAACUCAAACCGGAUCUAUGUAUUCAAAGAGAUAGUAAUAAACUUAUUGCCACCCUGGUAAUCCUUUUUUCGUGUGUAUGCUUAUUAUUUUUUUGUUUUGUAUUUGAUUAUUAGUUUUAUCUAGUUAUUAUUUAUUUUGUGUUAUAUUCCACUCCCAUUACCGAAUUCUUAAACCACCCUUUCACUCACACAUUUCCGCUCACUUGAUUCUCUUUAAUUAUGUGAACUCUUCAAAUUCUAUUCAAUUAUUACGCAACCCAUCUUAUCAGUUUUUAAUUCCGUGAAUCCUUUAUUACCUCACAAUUUAUUUUAUCUGUCUCUGAACUCCACCACCUUGAUUCUAACACCAAAUAACCUCUGACCUAUUCUUGCAUAUAUAUAUAGUUAUCAUUGAUAACCUUUGUCAUUCCAUUCCUUUACAUUCACUAUUUCCUAUCUCUAUAUAAAAUUCUAAUAUAUAUUUGGUUGUAAGCAGCUGACGAGAAACCACAAAAUAUAAU